AUGACGAUGCGAUCGAGACACGUCCAAAGCCCCCAUAGCCCCAUCGGCCUCCGCAGUGAGCACAUAGCCGAGUUCGAAAGACUCCUCUGGAUCCAACCAAAAUACGAUCCCCACUCCGCAGAUGAAUUCCAAAUAAAAUAUGACAGCGACGACUCCACCCUCAUAGCCGUGACAGGCACAAAAUACCAAAGCGGCCGACGCGUCCGCGAGUUCCGUGACGCGUCGGGCCUACCCAUGUUCGAAGCACAGGCUGAACGAUCACUAUGGAAGAAGAAGCCCUGGCGCAUCAGAUUACCGGGGAGUACUGAGAGCGACGGCGAAGACCUGGCCAAAUUAAAGCGCAAAGGGCUGCAGAGUAAUUUUGACUUGACCUUUCGAAAUGCCCUUGCUGAAGAUGCGAAGACCGACAGUGAGAGAAUGGUGACGCUGGAGGUGCGGAGUGCUAAUGCGGGAUUUGGAACGUUUGGCAUUUGGGCUGCGGGGCGUAAGGUCGCUGAUGUGCGGCAGAGUGUGACGAGGAAUAGGACUGUGUCCAGUUCGUUGUCGAUGGGGGCAACUUGGAAAGGAGCUUAUUCUCAGCCGACGAGGUCCAUUAUGGAGAUAUUGGUGGCUGAUGGGUUUGACUUUUGUCUGCCUACGCCGCCUUCUCAUGCUGAGAUUCGGGAUUUGGAAAAACGUCUUAAUCCAAAGAUGGUAUCAUAA